GUCGAUACUUCAAUAACUAAUAGCUAGCUUAGGACCUAUGUCUCGAAACUGUCUUCCAAGUACGUGUCCCCACCGCUCUAUUUUAUAAAAUCUGAUUAAUAUUUAAAGGAGAGCGCUUAGAGCCAUAGUAAUCUUCACAAUCUGCAUGUUCCUACUCGUUCUUCACCUCCGCGCCGAAUCCGCGAAGAAGAGACAUCAGCUCAUACACGAUGGUCUCGCAUGGGCUGACAUAACUCCGUCAAAACGAUGUCUCCGCUAUGGCACCCGCGAGUACUCUGCUCAGCUGAUGGGCGUACCUAGAGGCGAACAUGGCUUGCGUUGGUGCAAGGAGAAGGAGAUUACCAUUCACGGCAUCGAUUUUGAAAAGCCAGGGUAUUGCACUGUCGACAGGGAUCAUUCGGUGCUUAUGAAACGUCGAUUUUACGGUCAUUGGACGGUCGGGUCCAACGAGCCGAGCUGUAAGACGCUGUGGGAGAAUUUCCAGGAUAAGGGAUGUGUUGCGAAAGGUUCGAUGCGCCGUCGUAUCGAAGCUCAUAUGGGGAAUCACCAGCCACCACGGGAUAAUUGGCGAGAGAUGUGUUCUACUACCCCCGCGGACUAUGAUGGGCGUCAUUUCGAUCAGCCAGAUAGCUGUGACUACAGGGGUGUUUUCGGUGGCGUAUGGGGUGCUUGGUUCAUCAAUGAUGAGAGCUGCUGAUCUGAACUAUAUCGUCAACUUCGUGUUUUUAGAUCACCUACCAUU